AUGGAAGCCAACGAGAACGGGAAACAAAGCCUGCGCCCUGUCCAUGUUACUCGAGCCACGGAUGUGAAGACCGGGCAUGGCCAGACCAAAGGGAUGAUUAGGCAGUCCGCCAUCGUCUCACUCUCUCCUUCGAUCUGCGGGACCCUCAUGCGCGCACUCCCUCACUCGGCCAGUGCAGUACACCACCACGGUGCCCAGGAUACUAUCGUAUACGCUGUCUCUGGGUACGGCAGCGUUGUCUCGUCGUCAGGAAAUGGUACAGUUGGGGAUGUUCGACAAGAUCUGAAUCCAGGCGAUUGGGCUUUGAUCCCAGCGUACAGAGAACAUCAGGAGGUGAAUGAUGGGGAUGAGGAGGUGGUGUGGGUGAUUGUCAGAGCACCGGGGGGUGUGCCGGUCGUGGUGAAUUUGACGGGGUGGGAUGGGAGUGACGUUGAGGGCUGA